UUUUCUCAGUCCAUUCCCAGUGCUCGAUCGGUUAGCAUCUUUUCCACUGGACGGACACGUCUAUGUCCGCACUCAGAACAGAAGUCAUUAGUGUCGCACCCACUAACUGUGCUGUGUUAGCCGAAAAUUGCCCCCAGCAGAAAUAGGAUCCGACUUGAACGAGUAAGUAUAAGCCUAGCAACGGCUCGAUAACCAUGGGAUUCAACCGAAUAUUCGUAUUAUCUGCAUUGUGUGUAUUGUCGGCACAAGUUUUUGCCCAGCAAAAAGUGGAUGUCACUAAUCAGGAGAUUCGAGAUGCCAUUCUAUCGCUAGUGCACUCCUACAACCUUCUUGACAAUAAACUGGAACGGCACGAGCAGCGGGAGCGAUCCCUGGGCGAGCAGGUCAAAAAAGGUUUGAUAACGCUGCAAAAGAAUCAACGGAUAUUCGAACCACUCAAGGGCACCAUCUCAAGACUGGAGGAGCGAGUCAGUAGCAUCGAGACGGCACUCCUCAACCAAGAUGAGAACAACACGCUGCAGCAGAUGAGCGAGACUCUGGAGGGCGUUCUGCGCUGGCUGAAAGACAAUGUGCACGCGCUCGAAGCUAGGGCUCACGUGGAAACGAGACCGGAUGAGGAUACGGAGGGCCUUGGAGGAAAGAUUGAAGAGCUUACCGAAAGUAUUAGAGAGCUGCGGCGGGAGAUGGCAGAGCUGAAAUCGGACAGAGAUUCUAUUGAGCAAACCAAUCGUAGCCUGCUGGAGCACGCGGAGAAAUUGGCCAAGGCCAAACAAGGUUCAUCAGACGAAAUUCUUGGCAAGAUCGAGGAACGUCUUUCUUCCUACUACAACAACCCGGUGGUAAUCUCCCACUCGAACGAUGCCUUCGAGGAGAAGGUCAUCAAGCAGCUGGAAGCAAUUGAUACGAACGUAAAGGAAAGUCGUACGGCUCUGGCAUCGCCGGUUACUAUGCCUGCGUCUACCAUUGAUAAGGAAUUCGUACACGGUCUGAUCAACGAAACGCUGGAGGCAAUCGAAGAUAUGCGCCUUGAAGUGCUGACAGCUUCCGACAAGAGCUUCUCGAAGACGGCAACCCGCAUCAAGGAAAACAACGAGGUGCUGCAGUCUUCGGUCAAUGAAAUCCUGAAAACCUUGUCAGAAGAGAUCGUUGACACGGAAGCGUUCUUCUCCGGAACGAAGAAGGACAUUGGAUCGUUGAAGGACGAAAUCGCUGCAUUGAGUAGACUGGAGAAGUUCCUGCUGCAAACCGGCGAAAACGUUCUGGAUGCUAAGCGUGGCAUUGACUAUGGCAUCCACCAAAUUCUCCGGGAGGUUACGGAAGUUGUGAAGGCUAAUUCAAAGGAGCUGAACUCCACUGUUACGAAGCGAUUCGAUGAAAUCGGUGCCACAAUUUUGGACAAUCACAAUGGUGCUUUGAGCAACCUCAGCUCGAAGAUCGAAACCGAGAUCAGCCAGGUUUGGAGACAAAUUGGAAUUAUGUAUCAGGAAAUUUCCUCAAGUAAACAGGCUUUGGAUCGCCUGCAGCAGCAAACCGAAGCCUACGUCAACGGUACGUUGAUGACGAUGGACAGUAUGGAAGGAAAGGUAUCGCUGAUCACUGGACGCAUGUCGGAGGUGGACUCCAAUCUUAAUUACCUGCUGGGACGUCUAUCUCUGGUGACCCAGGAAUUCAAUCUAAUCAAGCGAGGACUCGGUCAAGCGCUGGAUGAAAUCAAGAGUAGCUUCAUGGAAGUGCAGGAACGCGUGAAAGGGCCCGGGCCGCAUAAAAUCUCCUCGGAAGAGGUGGAUGAUUUUAAUCAAGCUCCUCCGGCAAAGUGAACUUACUUAGAUCGGCGCAAUGCAUAGUAGAAUAGAAAGGAGUACCCUGUGUUUUAGUAGCUGGUAGGAAUGGAUGAUUAGUUCGUAAGACUGUGACCAGGUAACCAGUGUGCUUGAAGAUCAAGAGAUUGAUAACGUUUUAAAUAGUUUGAUCUGUUCGCAAAACGAUUAGCCUCUGGUUUUAUGUGUAUUGAAAAUGAUGAAUAAAGUAUUUUGAUAUCGCUUAGAA